ACUAUAAAAACAAUUCGCAUAAACCCUCGGCAAGCCAAACAUAGAAAAAGAAGAAUCGACCUGAAAGAACGCAUUUAGGGUUUCGAAAGUCGUCCAAUUCUAUACAAUCAGCACCGUGUUCUUCCUCUGAAAUGACGUCGGGUCACGAAAUAAACGGGAACUCCUAUUCUCCGUCUGAUUUGGACUCACCUGGAGGAUCAGGCAUGCAGCAACAAGUUCAGAAAGGGUUAUCAAGUUCGGGCUCCAAGCAUGGAUCUCGUGACCAUGAGAAAGACAGGGAGAGAGAGUCCUUCAGAAGCAGGGAUAAGGAAAGGGAACGAGGUCGGGAUAAAGAGCGGGACAGGGACAGAGAUAAGGACAGGGAACGAGACAGGGAUAGGGAUAAAGAAAGGGAAAGGGAUCGAGACAAUGAGCGUGAUCGCCAUCACCGAGAACGUCAUAGGGAGCGGAGUGAGAGAAGAGAGAGGGAGAGGACCAGAGAUCGGGAAGAUGAUGAUGACUAUUACAGAAGUCGAGACCAUGACAGGCGGAGAGAUCAUGACAGAGAUCGGGAGGAUAGACAUAGGCAUAGGUCUAGAUCUCGUUCGCCUAGGUCUGAGCACAGAUCAAGGUCGCGUUCGCGCUCCAAAAGCAAAAGGAUGAGUGGUUUUGACAUGGCACCUCCUGCUGCACUACUUCCUAAUGCUGCUGCGGUUGCAGGUCAGGUUACUGGGACGACGACUGCCAUUCCUGGAAUGUUUCCCAAUAUGUUACCUUUGGCAUCUGGACAGUUUGGAGCACUCCCUGUAAUGCCUGUUCAGGCAAUGACUCAGCAGGCUACAAGACAUGCUCGGCGAGUCUAUGUUGGUGGUCUUCCACCCAUUGCUAAUGAACAGUCCGUUGCAACCUUCUUUAGUCAUGUUAUGUCAGCAAUUGGAGGAAACACUGCUGGUCCAGGAGAUGCGGUUGUUAAUGUUUAUAUUAACCACGAGAAGAAGUUUGCUUUUGUGGAGAUGAGAUCUGUUGAAGAGGCUAGUAAUGCAAUGGCUUUAGAUGGAAUUAUUUUUGAGGGUGCACCAGUUAAAGUGAGAAGACCCAGUGAUUAUAACCCUUCACUGGCUGCAACUCUAGGCCCUAGUGAACCUAAUCCCAAUCUAAAUCUUGCAGCUGUUGGAUUGACGCCAGGAUCAGCAGGUGGUCUUGAGGGUCCUGAUCGUAUAUUUGUUGGUGGUUUGCCAUAUUACUUCACAGAAGCACAGAUCAGGGAGCUGCUGGAGUCAUUUGGACCACUUCGGGGCUUUGAUCUUGUUAAAGAUAGAGAAACAGGGAACUCCAAAGGCUAUGCAUUUUGUGUUUACCAAGAUCUAUCAGUUACAGAUAUUGCUUGUGCAGCUCUAAAUGGGAUAAAAAUGGGUGAUAAAACACUUACUGUUAGGCGUGCUAACCAGGGUGCAUCACAGCCUAAACCUGAACAGGAGAGUGUGUUGUUGCAUGCCCAACAACAAAUAGCAUUACAGAGACUGAUGCUACAACCCAGUGUAGUAGCUACAAAGGUCGUGUGCCUAACACAAGUGGUUACUGCAGAUGAGCUCAAGGACGAUGACGACUAUGAAGAUAUAGUAGAAGACAUGAGGACCGAAUGUGGAAAGUUUGGUACUUUGGUGAACAUCGUGAUUCCCCGCCCUCUUCCAAGUGGUGAGAUGGGACCAGGUGUAGGAAAGGUUUUUUUGGAAUAUGCAGACAUUGAAAGUGCUACAAAGGCUCGACAAGGACUGAACGGCAGGAAGUUCGGGGGAAAUCAAGUUGUGGCUGUUUUCUAUCCAGAAAAUAAGUUCUCUCAGGGGGAGUACAAUGGCUAGAUUUUGGUUAGUUUAGUAGGUUGUUUCCUUUUUAUGCAGCUUGUAGUUUAUCCAGUGUGCGCUAGAUUUUGUUGAAUACCGUAUGUUGUGUGUGCUCAGGGGACACAAUUGGGGAAUCGAAUGUCCUGGGCUGUCAAGUUGUAGGCGUUGAUCGUGAUUGUAGAAUGAAUUUUUGAGUCGAGGACUUAUUGUGUGAAAUACAAAUUAGUAAAAAUUACAAAUGUCUAGUGUCA